UUGGUUUUCAAAUCAUUGUUUUUAUUUUGAUAUAUAAAUUUUAGUUUUAUUAAUAAUAUUGAAGGAAGGUAUAAACGACGCCGACGCCGGUUUGUCCGAGACCCACUGAAAAACGCCACAUCGAGUCAGUAGUUUAGUUCAUAGUACCCGGAACACAUCGUAUCUCACUGACACAAAAAAAAAACUUUAAAAAAGGAUUUUUUAUAUCCUUGGCACUUUUUAUUUUGCUACUUUGUCUUUUCUAUUUUAUUUUUUUCUUCUCUCUUCGUCUUUACUAUCACAAAAAAUCUUCAAUUUAUUUUCCAUCUGAUUUUAAUUCAAUUUUAAAUUUUUCUUUAAUUAAAAUAAUAUUGCUCUUUAAAUUGAUAAAUAUUGUCAGCAUAAAUUUACAAUUAAUAACAUUAUAAUUAAAUUAAAUUAUUUCAUUAUUAUUCGAAUGAUUAAAAGUUUUUUUUUAAACAAGAUAAAAUAAAUUUAAGAAAAAUUAAACUAUCAAGAUUAUUCAAGUGAUUGUUUAAUGCCUAAAAAUUAAUGUUAAUAAUUAAUAAUUAAUAAUUAUUUAUGUGCGUGACUAUUAACCAUAACUAUAAACUUUGAAUUUUUAUAUUUACAUAUUUUUUUAUAUUUUUUUUCCUCAAUUAUAAAGUGACGAAAUUUUUACCGUGUGAUUAUCGAUCAAUAUAAUUUUUUCUCCAAGAUCUUUAAAAUAUCUACAAGAAGAUAAACCAAUAAACAAUUUAAUAAAUAAAACUGGCACAAUAAUUAAGAAAAAAAUUCUGAUGAUAAUAAUAAAAAAGACUGAUUAAAAUUUAAAUAUUUAAAUUGUUGCUUAGCAGGGUCAUAAUUAAUAGUAAAAAAAAAAAACCGAAAUUAAUAAAUAGUAUUUUAUAAAUUGGUAUAAAAUAAUUUGAUAUAUAUAAUAAAUUGUCACUCUGAGGUGAAGAGAGAUGGAGGAAUGGAGUACCAGUGUGUUAUUGUAUACACUGUAAUAUCACCAUCAAGCUCAAUAUCAUCCUCUCUACGUUUACAAAUUGAAAAUACUAUUGCAAAUCCUGUGCCAACUGGGUGUAUUGCGUGGCUUAAAUCUUGGAUUAAAAGAGCCGUUGCUGCUUACUUGAGAGCAUUAAAUUUGAGUCCAAACAAUGCAGUUGUACAUGGAAAUUUGGCCUGUGUUUAUUACGAGCAAGGUCUUAUUGAUUUGGCAAUUGACACAUAUCGUCGUGCAAUUGAAUUACAACCAAACUUUCCUGAUGCAUAUUGCAACUUGGCUAAUGCACUCAAGGAAAAGGGUCAGGUUUCGGAAGCUGAGGAAUGUUAUAAUACAGCCCUCAAGCUUUGUUCAUCACAUGCUGAUUCCCUAAACAAUUUGGCAAAUAUUAAAAGAGAACAAGGAUACAUUGAAGAAGCAACUCGUCUGUAUUUGAAAGCACUUGAGGUAUUUCCUGAAUUUGCUGCAGCACAUAGUAAUCUUGCAUCUGUAUUACAACAACAGGGUAAAUUAAAUGAAGCUUUGAUGCAUUAUAAAGAAGCAAUACGUAUACAACCAACAUUUGCUGAUGCUUAUUCAAAUAUGGGAAAUACACUUAAAGAAAUGCAAGAUAUACAAGGUGCAUUACAAUGUUAUACAAGAGCAAUACAAAUAAAUCCAGCAUUUGCUGAUGCACAUUCAAAUUUAGCAUCAAUACAUAAAGAUUCUGGUAAUAUACCAGAAGCAAUACAAUCAUACAGAACAGCAUUAAAAUUAAAACCAGAUUUUCCAGAUGCAUAUUGUAAUCUUGCUCAUUGUUUACAAAUUGCAUGUGAUUGGACUGAUUAUGAAGCUAGAAUGAAAAAACUUGUAUCAAUUGUUGCUGAACAAAUUGAUAAAGGACGUUUACCAAGUGUUCAUCCUCAUCAUUCAAUGCUUUAUCCAUUAUCACAUGAUUUUAGAAAAGCCAUUGCUGCUCGUCAUGCUAAUUUAUGCAUUGAAAAGAUUCAAAUUUUACACAAAGGACCAUAUAAAUAUCCAAUAGAAGCUGGUGCACGUUUAAAAGUUGGCUAUGUAUCAUCUGAUUUUGGUAAUCAUCCAACAAGUCAUUUGAUGCAAUCAAUACCUGGCCUACAUGAUAAAUCAAAUAUUGAAGUGUUUUGUUAUGCAUUGAGUGUUGAUGAUGGAACAAAUUUCCGUUCAAAAAUAGCACGUGAAGCUGAACAUUUUAUUGAUUUAUCACAAAUACCAUGUAAUGGUAAAGCUGCUGAUCGUAUUAAUGCUGAUGGUGUUCAUAUAUUAGUUAACAUGAAUGGCUAUACAAAAGGUGCAAGAAAUGAAAUAUUUGCAUUAAAACCAGCACCAGUACAAGUUAUGUGGCUUGGUUAUCCAGGUACAUCUGGUGCUAGUUUUAUGGAUUAUAUUAUAACAGAUGAAAUAACAUCACCAAUUGAAUUGGAAAGUCAAUACAGUGAAAAAUUAGCUUAUAUGCCACAUACAUAUUUUAUUGGUGAUCAUAAACAAAUGUUUCCACAUUUAAAAGAACGUUUAAUAUUAUCAGAUAAAUUAUCAAUGAAAGGUAAAGUUGCUGAUAAUGUUGCUGUUAUAAAUGCAACUGAUUUAUCACCAAUGAUUGAAAAUACAAUGGUCAAAGAAAUACGUGAAAUAGUUGUUGCUGAUUCUAAAAAUAAAACACUUGAAAUAUCAAUGAAAGUUGCUGAAUUACCAACAACAACACCAAUUGAAAAUAUGAUUGCUGCUGGACACGGUCAAAUGUCAGUUAAUGGUGUUGUUGUACAAAAUGGAAUGUCAUCAAUGCCAAUAAAUACUAAAACAGCAACUGGUGAAGAAGUACCACAAAAUAUUGUUAUAACAACACGUCAACAAUAUGGUUUACCUGAAGAUGCUGUUGUUUAUUGUAAUUUUAAUCAAUUAUAUAAAAUUGAUCCAUUGACAUUACAAAUGUGGGUAUAUAUAUUAAAACAUGUACCAAAUUCUGUACUUUGGUUACUACGUUUUCCAGCAGUUGGUGAACCAAAUUUACAAGCAACAGCACAACAACUUGGUCUAUCACCAGGUAGAAUAUUAUUUAGUAAUGUUGCUGCUAAAGAAGAACAUGUUAGACGAGGACAAUUGGCUGAUGUUUGUCUUGAUACACCAUUAUGUAAUGGUCAUACAACAAGUAUGGAUGUUUUAUGGACUGGUACACCAUGUGUUACAUUACCUGGUGAAACAUUAGCAUCAAGAGUUGCUGCAAGUCAAUUACAUACACUUGGUUGUCCUGAAUUAAUUGCAAGAACCAAACAAGAGUAUCAAGAUAUUGCUAUUAAAUUAGGAAAUGACAAAGAAUACUUAAAAGCAAUUCGUGUCAAGGUAUGGAAAGCACGAUCAGAAAGUCCACUAUUUGAUUGUAAAAUGUAUGCACAAGGAAUGGAAAUGUUGUACAAAAAAAUGUGGGAAAAAUAUUCACGUGGUGAAAAACCAGAUCACGUUGCUGCUAUUGAUAAUUCUGAACACAAAAUGAUUUCAUCAUAAGUAUUAUGAUUAUUAUUAUUAUUAUUGAACAAUAUAAAUCAUAAAUGAUUCGACUGUUUUACCUCUUGAUUCAUUUAUAAAAUACAAAAAUAAAUAUUUUAUAAGAAUUCAUUAUUAUUAGCAAUUAAUAUUGUUGAUUUUAAAAAAAAAAAAAUUCACAAUUUUAAUACGAUGGAUUUAUUAUUAUUUUUAUUCUUGUUUACUUUUUAUUGCACUGGUUAAUAAUUAUUUUCAUUUAUGAAUUUUUAAAACUACAUUUAAUUUUACAAAUGACUUGUCAAUUUAUUGAUAUAAAAUAUUAAAUCCAUCGGUUAAAUAAGAGAGGGCUUAUUCAUUGACAACCGAUUGACAUAUCAAUCGAAUCAUUUUCUUUUUUUUUUUUUUCUGUUUCUCCUCUUUUGUAUAAUAAAAUAUUAUUAAAUUAAAUAAAAUUUUAUGAAUUUAUUUAAUUUGUAAUACGUAUUGUAAAAAAAAUAUAUAUCAUUUGUAACUUUGAUAAUUUAAGCUAAUUUCAAAAAAUACUAGUUUAUUUUCUUUUUUUUCUCUUGAAUUUAUGGAAAAGAAAAAAUAUAUAUAUUUUUCAUUUGUUUUUAAUCAUAAUUAAAACAAAUUUUGUAUAAAAAAAAUGUUCGUUAUUGAUUAAAAAUGAAACUGUACAUACGUUGUAUCACUAGUUUAAAUAUUGAUGCUUUUCUGCAACAAAAAUAACAAUAGCUGGUGUAAAUCUAAAUCUAGUAUAUAAAUUAUCAAAAUAAAUAAAAUUUCGUUGUUUUUUUUUUUUUUUUCCUACUUAUCAUUUAAUACUCGUAAAUUUUUAGACAAUUUAAUUAUUAAUUUAUUUAACUGUCAAUUUUAUACAAAAAAAUAUGAAAAUAUUUCUCGACAAUUUUUUUCCAAGUUAAAAAACCAUUUUAAAUUUCUGCAAAUAUUUAAUUUUAGUUCAAGCAAUUGUCGAGUAAUUAUAUCCAUAGAAAUUGCAAGAAAAAUUUAGAUAAAUAUUUUCAUUUGAAUUGCUGACAAUUUAAGCGAUAAAUUAAUUUAAACAAUUUGUAAUAUACUUGAUGAAAAGAUGCCUUCAUUAUAAACCAUUAAAUUAAAACCUAUUUAAUUAAAUAUAAAAUAAUAUAACAAUUGUAUCUUUAAAGUUACACUUAAAUAUUUUAAAUACAUCAUAAAAAAAAUAUAUACAAUUCUUUUUUUUUAAAUUAUCAUCAAGACAUUAUAAAUAGCAAGGCUAAAAAAAAAAAAAAAAUGCCACAUUCUUUGCCGCGUCAGAACUGAUAAGAAACACACAAGUUGGCACUUUUUAUUUAUUUUAUUUUUUUU